GCCAGAUGGUUGCAUGCCUAGCUUCCUUUCAGUUUCUUCCCCGUACCAAAUGACUUCGACGUCCAUAACAUUGCCGUUCAACUUAACGUUAGGAGAAGAGAGCGCAACAUGGAUGUACACGCCUCUCCGUGACAGUGACGUUGCGCAAGGGUGGAAUUCUUCGUAUACAGAAAGCACGGUAUGGUCGCAAGGAACGGGAAUCGGACAGCCAUUUCGAAGAACGCAGCUGGAUGAGGCUGGUUUCUGGCUAGAAUGGGAAGGAACCGCACUCUACCUUUGCCUAAGCGCCCUUGGUGGCGCUGGAUACAGUUUCUCGGUUGAUGGACAUGCCGUAUACAACUUGGGCCUGGGGUCGGAUGCGGCAUGCAGUGGCUUCUCGCAUGAUCCGAAUCAUGGGCCGCAAACCCUGCUGAUCGCCGAUGGUUUGCCGUACGGCACGCAUACAGCCGAAUUCAACGCGACAAUACCGCAUAAUCAAGGUUCACUGGAGUUCUACGGUGGUAUCGUAACAUUAGGUGCUACGGCUUCCUCUGGGCAGUCCAUUUCAUCCACACCCGUGGUCAUCGACGAUACCGAUCCUCGAUGGAGCUAUUCGCCUCCGGCUGACUGGGUUUCGACCGCUUCUCCUCAGGACAUCAACGGAAGUCACACUUCCACGUGUGUCUAUCAUCCAGGCACUUCUGCAUCAUUGACAUUCAAUGGUUCAUCGGUCGUGCAGGUAAUCGGCAUAGAAGCACCGAACACUUUUGGAUUCACUGUACAGUUGACGAACCACAAUAAUGGUUUAUAUAAUGCCACGAACAAUUGGUGGACCGAAGGGCAGACGAUGUACUUUGCCGAUAAUCUUGAUCCUUCAAGCUCCUACACCAUCACCAUCACCAACUUCAAUCCAAACCUUCCAAAUGGUGUCCCAGACAUACAGAACUGCUUCAAUCUGGACGCUAUAAAGCUGUCCCAACCCAUCUCUUCCGGCUCAUCACCUAAUGGCGGUUCUCAACCAAAUGGAUCUAUCGGCUCUCAGGGCGGCGUCAGCAACGGUAGCAGUGGCCUAUCGAGAGGCGCCAUCGUGGGGAUUGUAGUGGCGGUCGUCGGUGGUAUGAUUGGUCUCAUAUUGCUUGUCGUUUUCUUCCUGUGGCGGCGCGGACAACAAAGUUCAUCCGGAGACUUCCGAGAAAUCGCUCUUAGCGAGGCUGGCAGUCGACCCCCAACUCCUCAAAUCCAAGAAAUUCGCAAUGUGGUCCAGACGCCAGGGCCAGAACCAACACCCUUCGUCAUACCGCCUCUUCCCACGCGGCCUUUAUCUGGCGGACCGCCACCCGCUGCAAGUACAAGAUGGAAGAACGAGAAGAGUGCAAGGCGAAUGACCCAUACCUCAUCGUCCUCAGAUACCCACUUACUAGAAGGCAGCUCCAGUGGGUUGCCUACUUCUCCAUCUCCGUCUGAGGCAACGACUGUGACAGCAGAGAUGCUGCAGAAUGCAGCAACGGUGGACCUCGUCAGCAUUCUCAAUUCGAGGCUUAGCAGAGCGGCGCCAGAAGUUGGGGAAGAGCCGCCCAUGUACGGCGAACAUGCACCGUGA